UUAACGAAGCCAAAAAUCAAAUUGCACUUAUGAUUGAUGAUCAGUUUGUAAAAUUGUCUCAUCAGAGUCAGAGUUUAACUGUCGAUGUUAGCGAAAUGCUUGAGGAGAACACUAGAAAGUCGAGUGCCCUCUGGAAGGAGUUGAAAGCCAAUAUCGACUAUUACGAAGAACAGGUUAUGCGUGAGAUAGACGCCAUGGAACAAAGGUUCAAGUUCGUAGAUGAAAACCUGACGGAAGUUACGGAACAACUGACGACUCACAAAUUAACGGAAGAUGAAAUUAUUCGCGACUUGGAACAUCGGAUUGACGCGUUGAACGUAGAGGCCGAAAAACGUCAGAGAGCCUGGAGGUUUUGGGAGUUCGUUUCCUCCACAAAUGAGGCAGACAAAAAUUACAUCGAGUGUUUAAUGGCGGACCGCGACCGAUAUUUAUUGAAAGCCCAAUCCUACCAUAACGAGAAUGAGAUGCUAAAGAUAAGAAACAGGGAUCUGCAAUUCGAAGUGGAUUAUUGGAUAGAAGAAAUAAGACAGAUGGAAAAUAAAUACAAUUUAAAACUAGACCAACUUGACCGAAACAAACUGGACAAACAUAAACUCAAAACCGGCGAAUCACGUAGUUCGGACAAAAGUGAAAAUCGCGAGGUUGGACGAGAAAAUUAAGAGAGGAAUCGAUGAAUAAACAGUGAAGAAUAAAAUUGUCGAAAUCUAUGGCCUUGGUUGCUGUGAAGCGUGUGUAGUUGGAUCGACGUCAUUCCAACAUGUUUUCAGAGAACCAGUCUCGCCUGCUUCAAUUCAUUCGCAAAGUUCAUUCGAUAUCUCUCUUCAAUAUUCUCGCGUUAUUUUAUCCUUAGUUCAAUUUGAUCUCGAUGUUUCCUGGUUAUCCAUUGUUUAUUUAGAAUUAUUGUCUUUUGUUUUGUUUUCAUUACAUUAUUGUGCGUAUUCAA